CCCAACACUGGUCCGACCGCAGCAAACCGGGCGACAGCACGAAGCAGCAUGUGUGAGCUCACGUGAAGCAAGAAGCGCGUGAGGAGCAGAAGUUCAUCAUCACUGAUCAACACUGAAGUUACAGCAACAUGUCGGAGGUGCUGACCCGGCAGAUAAAGGACCUGGAGGCAGAGCUGGAGGAGCUCAGGUCCCAGCUGAGGGAGAGGACUGGAUCCACAGAGGACUUGGAGGUGACGUCCGGUGAAAACGCCGACCACAAGCCUCAUGGGAAGUCCGGCGGCUGUAAGAAGGGUAGGAAAGCCAACAAGGUGCGUCCCUUUGACUUCUCCGCCCACCCACGGCGCCACGCGGCCCUGCGGCUGGCGUACAUGGGCUGGGCCUACCAGGGCUUUGCGGUGCAGGAGAACACGGACAACACGGUGGAGGCCCGACUCUUCGAAGCUUUGCUGAAGACGCGGCUGAUCCAGGACCGACAGAGCUCCAACUACCACCGGUGUGGUCGCACCGAUAAAGGAGUCAGCGCCUUUUCCCAAGUCAUUACAAUAGAUUUGAGGUCCACACAGUUUUCUGGAGGUCUGGGGGUCACGCUCCCGGACAAGGUCGACGAAAACAUUAAGAGUAAAGCUGCCGCCUCUGAGGUUCCGUACGUGAAGAUGCUGAACAGAGUCCUGCCCCAGGACAUCAGGAUCUUGGACUGGGCCCCCGUGGCGGAGGGGUUCAGUGCUCGCUUCGACUGCAAGUCCCGCACAUAUCGCUACUACUUCCCCCGAGGGUCUCUGGACGUGGCGUUAAUGGCAGAUGCUGCAAAGAGGUACGAGGGGACUCACGACUUUCGCAACCUGUGCAAAAUGGACGUGGGCAACGGCGUCCUGCAGUUCCAGAGGACCAUCUUGUCAGCGUCGAUCAAACCAGCGUUGCCUGAACACACGUCCAGCACAGAUCAAUAUGACAUCUUCAUCUUUGAGAUUAAAGGAUUAGCUUUCCUUUACCACCAGGUACGAUGCAUGAUGGCGUUGCUCCUCCUGAUUGGACAGAAACUGGAAGCCCCGGAGUUGAUUCACCAGCUCCUGGAUGUUCAGAGUAAUCCCAGAAAGCCCCAGUACAGCAUGGCGGUCGACUUCCCUCUGGUGCUGUACGACUGCCACUUCGAGGGGUUGAGCUGGAAGCAGGAGGCCGAGGAGGUGAACUACGUCCUGUCAGCGCUGCAGCAGCACUGGACCCAGAGCGCGGUGAAGAGCCACGUCCUCCACGGGAUGAUCAAGGGGUUGGAAGCCUCAGGCGGAGUGUCCUCCAACCACUGCUGGUUAGUGGAAGGCAGCAGGCAGAGGAACUAUCGUCCGUUGCUGGAGCGUCCGUGCUGCGAGAGCCUGGAAUCCAGGAUCGACCACUUUGUCAAAAGAGGCCGACUGGAGCGGGAGGAGGGGGAGAACGGAGGGGACGCUGUCCACAGAGGGAAAAGGUCCAAACAUUCCCACAAUUCCUCCACCGGGCCGGUUUCUUCAGAGCUGCCACCGGCGAAGCAAAGUGCUGAUCGGAAAGCAGAAGACUGAUCUUUGUCUGUUGGAGAAAGGACUUGACAAAGUUUAUUUUUUGUUAUUUUCUCUCAAGAAAAAGUAUUGUUUCUUUCCAUUUGAAUUCAGGACACAAAACGGGGGAUUUAUAUUUUUAUGUCAUAAAACCUAUUUUCUACAGAAGCUUAUUGCAUUCACUUUUUUUAAAUGCAUUAUUUACGAAUUAACAAUAUAGCUUAACUCAAAAUACUAUGAGAUGUUCUUGGUUUGAGUCAUUGGGAGACACUAUUUUGUGUUUUUAAGUAUAACAGAUGGCUUUGUUAUCAGUGUAUUUGCUUUUGCACUUGUUUAGACCGAGAGUUCAAAUAUUUCGAGCUGUGUCGUUAAUUCAUAACAAUCAGCAGGAUUUUUUUUAUGACCUCUCUCCUGAAGUCCCAAAAGAUGGUAUUUGUUUAUGUUGCACCCUAAAUAUGAAUUAGUCGCACAAUCUGCGUAGUAAAGACAUGAUUGGCCGAUGCUGUGAAGACAACACCACGCUUGAUUUAUAGCUUUUAUUUUUAAGAGCAACAAGAACACUCAUCGUGUGACAUUCCCGGUUGAAACCAAAACGUUGGCAUUUUGUGCAUCUGAGUGAUUCAACACAAACAUCUUAAAUAAACAUCUUGCACGCACUUGUUAUUAUCUUGAUAAGACAAAUCAACAAUAACUCUUUUGGGACUUCAAGGGGCGCCAUCGUUUCAAGACAUGACAAUCUCUCAUUUGAUUCCUUGCAACAUAUUUGUGCUGCACUGUAAUAAACCCGUUUUGGAGAAAGUGUCUGUCU